AUGGAGCUAACCGAUCUGGAAUUCUCUAUUGGGGAAAUCAGUGGACCACCGAACCAACUCGAUCAUUCACAUUCCUUUAACAAUGAUAAGGAAGACGAGAUAGUAAAAGAUCUUGAAGAUUUUGUUGCCCUUAAUUUGCAUAACUUUGUGGAGAAGGAAGGGGUAGGCGUUGUUUUAUGCAAUGCAGUAAUGGCAACAGACAAAAAGAUUGAAGGGUUGAAGGAGCAAAUAGAACAGGCACUAAAAAAAGGCGAAAGAAAUAAUGUUAAUGUUAGAAAGAGAGAGAAUAGAGCGGAGAAAGGAGAG